UUUUUUCCGCCAUUAGAGUAGGUUCGAGGUCUCUCUAUACCCAAACAUGGCUUCUCGCCAGGAGAAGGAGAAGGAGAAGGCCGUCAACGUCCAGGUUCUCCUCCGUUGCAGGCCCUUCAGUGAGGAUGAGAAGAGGAACAAUGCGCCGAAGGUAGUGACCUGCAAUGAUUACCAGAGGGAGGUUUCCGUCUCGCAGACCAUCGCCGGCAAGCAAUUCGAUAGGGUUUUCACUUUUGACAAGGUUUUUGGUCCUUCAGCCCGGCAGAAAGAUGUAUAUGAACAAGCGAUAGUUCCGAUCGUAAAUGAGGUUUUGGAAGGUUUUAACUGCACUAUAUUUGCUUAUGGUCAGACUGGUACUGGAAAAACUUAUACCAUGGAAGGUGAUUGCAAAAGAACUAAGUGUGGAUCUAAAGGUCAGUUGCCAUCAGAUGCGGGUGUGAUUCCCAGAGCAGUAAAGCAGAUUUUUGAUACAUUAGAAAGUCAAAGUGCAGAAUACAGUGUUAAGGUUACAUUUUUAGAGCUAUAUAAUGAGGAAAUCACUGAUUUGCUAGCCCCUGAGGAGUUAGCAAAAGCUCCUUUGGAGGAUAAGCAGAGAAAACCACUGACUCUUAUGGAGGAUGGUAAAGGUGGUGUUCUUGUCCGAGGUCUGGAGGAAGAGAUAGUAACCAAUGGGAAUGAGAUAUUCACACUGUUGGAAAGGGGAUGUGCAAAACGCCGUACAGCAGAGACACUAUUAAACAAACAAUCUAGUCGGUCACAUUCUCUUUUCUCUAUAACCAUUCACAUCAAAGAAGCAACUCCAGAAGGUGAAGAGCUCAUCAAAUGUGGUAAACUGAACCUAGUUGACCUCGCUGGGUCAGAAAACAUUACUCGUUCUGGUGCUAGGGAGGGACGUGCUAGAGAAGCUGGAGAAAUAAACAAAAGUUUACUAACAUUGGGGCGUGUUAUUACUGCUCUUGUGGAACACCUUGGACACAUUCCCUACAGGGACAGUAAGUUGACCCGGUUACUACGUGAUUCAUUGGGUGGAAGGACUAAGACGUGUAUCAUAGCGACAGUUUCUCCAUCUGUCCACUGCCUCGAAGAAACUCUAAGCACGCUAGAUUAUGCCCACAGAGCAAAGAAUAUAAAAAACAGACCUGAGAUAAACCAGAAAAUGAUGAAAUCUACAUUAAUCAAAGACCUCUAUGGAGAAAUUGAUCGGCUUAAAGCAGAAUUAUAUGCUGCUCGAGAAAAGGUUGGAGUUUAUAUACCAAAAGAAAGAUACUACGAGGAGGAAAAUGAGAGAAAAGGGAUGGCUGCUCAGAUUACACACAUGAGUAACUUACUGGAAAGCAACCAAAAGCAACUUGAUGCUCUUCAAGAGAAAUAUGAUAGGCAGCUUGAGCAGUCCGCUGAUUUAGGUCAGGAGCUUGAAGCUGCCAAGGAAAAUCUUGAACACACUAGUAAGGAACUCACCAGUGUAAAGGACGAUCUGAAGCAUUCUCAGUAUGCUUUGAAGGAGAAAGACUUCAUUAUAUCGGAACAGAGAAAGGCAGAAUAUGCAUUUACGAAUCAAAAUUGUGUUCUACGGGCUGAAUUGGAGAAGUCUAUUUGUGAUAAUGCUUCAUUAUUCUCUAAAAUAGCCAGAGAAGACCAACUGAAUGCUACCAAUAGGUCAAUUGUCAACAACUUCCGAGAGGAGCUUGAAGAGAAGAUUAGCAUACUUUGUCACACUGUUAGUUCAUCUAUGGCACAGCAGAGGAAACACCUUCAGUGUGUUGAGAAACUUUGUCAAUCUUCUCUAGAUUUUAAUGAGAAGGCCAUGUCAGAACUUGGGAAAAAAUUUUCAAGUUCGAAGGCUUUGUAUAUUUCUUACAUGGAAGCAGUCCAAAAUGUGGUGCGUUUGCAUAAAGCAAGUGCUAAUGCUAUCCUCGAAGAGAUAACAUCUCUGACUUCAACAAAUUCUUGCUCUCUUGAACAUUUACUAGCUAUGGGUGAAAGAGAAGCAGAUCAGAUCUUUCGUGAUCUUCAAAGUAUGCUUUCAAGCCACCGAGCAGAGAUUUCACAUUUUACACAAGAGCUUCACAAGAGAUACAUUGAUAGCUUGAAGCUUACAAGGGAAAUGUCAAAGUUCAUUAUUGGAUUUCUUGAUAAACUUGGAGAAGAAUCAAGGAGACUGCAUAUCCAUUCGGACAAGGUGCAUGAAUCUCAAGAAGAGAUCAUUGGAGAUUUUCAGAAGGUUUAUGAGGAGAAAUCAAGGUUGGAAGCAGAGAAGCUCUUAGGAGACAUUUCAAGUUUACUAUCUGACCACAUGCACCGACAGAAAGAUCUUGUUGAUGAGAAGCUCAAUGGCUUGAAACAUGCAGCUUUGGAGAACAAAACAUUCUUGGAUGGCCACACAUCCUCAAUAGAAGGUGCUAUAGUCAAUGGCAAGAGAAAAUGGGAGACAUUUUUCUCCGAAGCACAAACUGCAUCCAAAGAAGGUUGUGAUUUCUCAUCAGCUAAACAUUGUCAAAUGGAAGAUAGGUUACAAGCAUGUGUUCUUAAUAUUGAUGCUGCUUCUCAACAUUGUAAGAAGAUGUGUGGAUCUAUCAAUGAAACAAGUGUCGGACACGUUACAGAAAUGGAGGCCCUUUUGAGGUGUAUAUCUGAGAAUAACGAGCAAAAUGAUGCAGAAGUUACUUCAGCAAGAAAUGCUGCAGAGAAGGAUGUGACCAAGAAUUGUGAUGAUGUCUUUAAUUAUUUUGACUUGAUAUCGAAACAUGAGCUUGAGGCAGCAUCAGAGACAAUGACAACAAUUAAAACUCAUUCACAGACUCUACAGCAGCUCGAGAGCAAUCAUAAUAUCUUGGCCACUGAAAUCAUACAUAGCGCAGAGAAUACCUUCGAACACAAUUAUAAGGAUUAUGAACCAACUGGUGAGACUCCAACAAGAUCAGAUGAGCCAGUGAUCCCAAGCAAGGCAACAAUAGAGUCACUGAGAGCAAUGCCAAUGGACAAACUCUUGGAGGAAUUCAGAGAAAACCACCCUUAUGAGACUACCAAGCAACCGAAAACUUCGCUCAUUCCUCGCUCCCCACUUGCUCAGCUUAACUAAUUCUCGGCAUAUCCAUUGAAGAGAUUAAGCAUCUUACAUUCUUGUUUUAUGGAGCUUUCUCAGCUUCAUUGUAACCGGAAAUUGAUACAUUUAUUGAAGGAAAACAAACGAUAUUAGUUGCAACAGCGAUAAAAGCAAUUCAGUUGUACUACAGAUGUACAAAGAGCCGGCAAUGUUGU